GCUGCCUGUGAAGCUCGAGCCUGCGCGGCUCUCAGUCCGGAGCCGAGCCGAGCCGUGCGGGGCUGUGCGGGGCUGUGCGGGGCUGGAGCUGCAGCGCUGACAUGGUGAGCGGACCGGUGCGGGAAUCACGCCACCAGCCGACUUCCAGGAUCCCUCACUUCGACCGCCAGGCUCCGCGUUAGCAGCUGCAAACAAGUGAGUCAUUAAAAUGGUCCGGAUGCUUCAACACACCUUGUCACUGGUGCUAACCGUGCACGUCCUGUAUUCCACUUUGAUUCACGUGCAAGCCGAGGAGGAGACGCGGGAAUGCAGAGAGCUGGAGUACAAGGACCGUUUUGGGAACUGUAAGCCCUGCAAGCAGUGCGAUGCGGGACAGGAGCUUUCAAAGGAAUGUGGCUUUGGUUAUGGAGAGGAUGCCCGGUGCGUGCCCUGCCGGAGCAGUCGCUUCAAAGAGGACCGGAGCCAGCAGAAGUGCAAGCCCUGCCUGGACUGUGGGCUCAUCAACCGCUUCCAGAAGGGCAACUGCUCCACCACCAGCAACGCCGUGUGCGGCGACUGUCUGCCAGGAUUUUACAGGAAGACUAAAUUAAGCGGCUUCCAGGACAUGGAGUGCAUACCUUGUGGGGACCCUCCGCCUCCGUAUGAGCCCAACUGCAUCGGGCAUGUGAACCAGGUGCCGCUGCCCUCGGUGGUGACGAGCCCGCGGGACAUGGCGCUGGCGGCGGUCAUCUGCAGCGCGCUGGCCACGGUGCUGCUGGCCCUGCUGGUCCUGUGUGUCAUCUACUGCAAGAGGCAGCUGCUGGAGAAGAAGCCCAGCGCUGCCUCCCUCAGGUCUCCAGACUGCCCCUACACUGGGGCGGAGCUGUCCUGCCUGGACGCCCGUUGGCUCCAUGAUUACCCCCAGAGACCCUGCUGCCAGUGCCACCUGGGCCCCGGACACAGCUGCGGUCCGGUCCACCUGAUCCCGUCUCUGUGCUGUGAUGAGAGCUGCAGCUUCGGCCACAGCCAGGGCAGCAGCGCAUUCCAGUCUCAGGCGAGUCUCAGUGACAGGAACACCGACCUGAACGAAGAGGGCGGCCCGACGCGGCUGGAGGGACACCCCCAGCCCCCGGCAGAGGAGAGAUGGGAGGUGGAGGGAGGAGAGGAAGAGGAGGCGGCGGAGGAGGAGGAGGAGGAGAAGGAGGAGAAGGACGGAGAGAUCAGGGAGAAUUCACCUGAAAGGAGCGAAGCUGUGACCGAUGCACUUCUUCCCAAACACCAUGCUGUGACUCAGGACGGAUGACACGGAUUUCUCUGGCUUGCGUUCCACCCUUGAACCACCCCGGACCCAACAACAGCCACGGCCAAGAUCCCCGUCUCAGAUUACCCACUUGUCCGCCCUCCCCUCCGCCUCUCCCGCACAAACCCAGCGGCAGCCACUCGCGAGCGCGGCGCCUGGAAUGCCUGCAGCUGACCCCGGAGCCGAACGUCUCUACAUACAUGUACGAGGAAAACAAACAAACAAACAAACAAACAAACAAACAGAAUGUGAACUUAUUGGCCCAGAAGGUUUAAAAAACAAAAAAAACAAAAAAAAAAAAAAAAUCACAUGAAGUUCAAACGUCAGAGGAGAGCCGACUUAUUACGGCGGAGCGAAGUGAAAGCACAUGAUCCUCCGCUCCGCCUGGAGAAUGUCUCGGACCUUUCACAUGUAGGAGAAGAGGAACUGUAGCGCUCAGCCAGCAGCUGGUGUGAUGAAGCUUUUGUGUGUAAAAGGUUGUGAAGCUCAAAGCGUGAAGAAGAAGAAGAAGUUGCACAUCGAAGACAAUCUUGACGAAACGGAGCGAGUUAAGACGAGGAAUGUCCACCUGAUAAAUGUGUUGUAGAUACUGUAAAAUAGUAAAUAGGUUGAUAUUUUUGUAACAUAGACAUGACUGACAUGUUUUCGCUUCCUCCCUUCCAGUUAUAGUGUUGACGGUAGUGAAUUGUCACUUCCACGCAUCGUUGUAAAUAAAGCACACGAACAAGUUUCCA